UGACGUGAGCUCGCGGGCUGGUUACCCCGCUCAGGUUUACAAAACUGCCAGCACAGAGACUCCUCGACCCUCACAGCUGGCGCAGUCCAGCCCCUUCCAGCUCUCCGCCUCUGUCCCCAAGUCCUUCUUCUCCAAGCAGCCCGUACACAGUAAGCACCCGGCGGGAUGGAAGAGGACAGAUGAGCCCCCGCCACGGCCGCUCCCCUUCACCGACCCGAAGAAGCAGGUGGACACCAAUACAAAAAACGUCUUCGGGCAGCCACGGUUGAGGGCAUCCCUCCGAGACCUCCGCUCCCCACGGAAGAACUACAAAUCCACCAUUGAGGACGACCUGAAGAAACUCAUCAUCAUGGACAACCUGGCGCCCGAACAGGAGAGAGAUGCGGGGUCACCGCAGAAGAGCCUGCAGCGGACACUGUCCGAUGAGAGUCUGUGCAGUGGGCGGCGGGAGCCCAGCUUGGCCAACCCUGCCGGCCUGGAGCCGGGCCUGCCCAGCGACGUGCUCUUCACCAGCACCUGCGCCUUCCCCUCCAGCACGCUGCCCGCCCGCCGCCAGCACCCCCCCCCGCCCGGCGGCGGCAGUCCCACCACUGGCCCUGCCGCCAGCAGCGGCUUCCCGGAGAAGAAAUCCACCAUCUCUGCCUCAGAGCUCUCGCUGGCGGACGGGCGGGACCGGCCGCUGCGGCGCCUUGACCCCGGGAUGAUGCCCCUGCCUGACACGGCUGCUGGCCUUGAGUGGUCCAGCCUGGUGAAUGCAGCCAAGGCCUAUGAAGUGCAAAGAGCCGUCUCGCUUUUCUCUCUCAACGACCCAGCUCUGAGCCCGGAGGUCCCACCUGCACACAGUCCUGUCCACAGCCACCUGAGCCUGGAGAGGGGGCCCCCCACCCCCAGGACCACCCCUACCAUGAGCGAGGAGCCUCCCCUGGACCUGACAGGCAAGGUGUACCAGCUGGAGGUGAUGCUGAAACAGCUGCACACCGACCUCCAGAAGGAGAAGCAGGACAAGGCCGUGCUGCAGUCCGAGGUGGCCAGCCUGCGACAGAACAACCAGCGCUUGCAGGAGGAGUCGCAGGCCGCCAGCGAGCAGCUGCGCAAGUUCGCCGAGAUCUUCUGCAGGGAGAAGAAGGAGCUCUGACGUGGCCCCCUGGCCGGGCCGGCUGUGGGCUCCCGCCCUCCCAUCUCCCUCAGCUCGCUGCCCGGUUGCGGGUGUGACCGAGAUGACGCAGCCAGGGCCCCACUGCCCUCCUCGUGGACACGGAGACCCUGGACGGCCGCAGGCCUCACCGCUCCUCCGGCCCCGCAAGGUGACCCGGUCUCAGGCCGCCCCUCUGAACUGCCAAGCUCUGGCCCCUGGACACUGGACCGUGCCCACCCCGGCCCCCCGGGGAUGGCCCCUCUAGCCUCUUCCUAGGACCAAGCCAUCAGAAGCCAUAGGAAGAGGAGAAGGGAGGACCAGAGUGCGUCUCCAAACCCCACAGCUCCGGGAGUUCACAAACCAGGUUUCUUCACGGCGUACAACAGAGUUUGGGCUUGUGGGGCCAAGCCCCCUGCAUGAGAAAUGAGUGUGAGACUGGCCCGAGCUUCCCCCAGGCCCCAGAGAGCGGAGGUCCUGUGCGGACACCGGCCGGGGCUCCAGAAAGCACGGACGUGACCCCCUUCCAACCGUAUUCUUCCAAAAAGCCACCAGGAGCACUUUCUUAGAGUUUCAGUUCUUUUCUUGGGACCCCAGGAUGGAGAGAGGAAGCCCCAGCAUCCAGAGUCAGCUUCUCUGAGGGGAAACUCUAUUUGCACACUCGGGACCGUUUCUGCAGUCUUUUCUGUCAGCCCCUCGACCGACCGCCAGAGGCCUACAGCGCCUGGGCCGCUCCACCACCUUCCAUCUCCCGCACAGGCCUGGGCCGUAAGGGCCCAUCUCUCCUCCCCAGCCCCGCCAGUAACAACCACACGGCCAGGGCCUCUUCCAGGCACCAGGAGGGGCUCCACGCAGCCCUCGGGUCAGGGCUGGAGAGAAAACAGCCUUCGGCUCCUCUCUGGUUUUGUUCUUCCUUCACAAGCGGACGUCCGGACACCCUCACUGUGCUCCCCGGGGAGGCAGGAGGGCUUUGCCGUGUGAACCCCCACGGGACGCUGGUUCUCUCAAGGCAAUAAGGGGCAGCUUGCCAGUCGGCCAGGCCAGAGCGGUACUACGCUGUUCACCCAGGAAACAGAGUUUCUUUUUUUUUCCUUUAAAAACAAAAAAGAGAUAUAUAUAUAUAUUUAUUUUUUCAUGUAGAGUUGCGCCAGAACAAGUCUGUAUGGCCACAAUCUGUGGAUUCCCCCCAACCUCAAGCUGAGGAUCGAGGGGUGUCCCCCACGGGCUGGGACUCAGUGGGAGAACUCCCGAGGGAUGCAGUCAGGGGGAGCAGGCCACUGGACUUCCCCGUUUGGGGAGGCCCCAGGCAGGGGGAGUUGGCCCCGCUGCAGGCAGCGCUCUCUGGGCUGGAAGCCAGCACCAGGUGGCCCAGCCCUGGUGCAGAGACCCCACCGCUUUCUCUUUGGGGCCAGAAACCUCAGGGAAGGGGGCUGUGGGGACCGCAAGGGACACAGGCACUCGGAGAGGUGCCAGGCUGGGCCAGCAGGGGCAAGAGGAAAGGGCACUCUUGUCUCCCUGCGAUCCACCUCUGACCCCAGGAGCGCGGCAGUCGGGCAGAAGCCCUCAGACCUGCCGUCUCUGCCCCUCACCCUCACCCUCACCCGCGGAGUGAGAGGGCCUCAAGGUGGGGCCCACUUGGUCCUCAGCCCUGGCCAACUACUGUGAUAUCUCUGCCCCCUUUCCCACCCCCUUUUUGGAAGGGCUGUCCAGAACCCGCCCCACUGCCCUUUCCUCAGACCCUAACCUGGAGGCUGCCCCCUCCCCCGCUCUUUUUUUAAGUUCUCCUCAGAUCUUCGGAUCAUUCGAAUCAUUUUGGGGACCUAAUCAUGUACAUUGACAAGUGUAAAUUAUGGGGGUUUUUUUUUGGUUUUGUUUUCUGUUAUUUUUUUUUAAGGAUCUCUGCAAAAGAAAUCUAUUUAAUUUGAGGUUGGUGUUUUAUCUGAAGGCUUGAAGAUAGCAGGGGUUUUUUUUUCCGUAUGUUGAUCUGUUUCAUUUGGAUUUUUUAUUCUUUAUUGUCUUUUUUUUUUUUUUCCCUAUCCCGGUCUUGAGAUUUUUCUGGCAUGUUUCUGGAGGUUUCAAAGGAAAUAAAUGUUUCAUAGAAA